AUGGUACAUCUUCCAAUUCACUUAGCUUGGGAGGCUAAAGUUGGUGGCCCUGUGAAUUACCGAUGGAUGUAUUCCGUUGAAAGAUAUAUGCACAAACUUAAGGGGUAUGUUCAUAACAAAUCACGACCGGAGGGAUCCAUUGCUGAAGGAUAUAUAGCGGAGGAAUGUUUGACAUUUUGUUCUCGAUACUUGCAUGGUAUUGAAACAAAGUUUAAUGGUCCAGAACGAAAUUAUGACGGCGAUUCACUAUCUAGAAAUACCUCAUCCUUCCAAAUUUUUUGUAUGUUUGGGCAACCUUUUGGAAAGGCAAAUAUGCAAGAGUUGAGUAAUGAUUUACUAAAUGCGGCUAUUUUCUACAUCCUCCAAAAUUGUGAAGAUGUUCAAUCAUUUAUUAGUGAACAUAAGAACAUCCUCUCAGAAAAAGGAGUUAGAAAUAUUGAUAACAUUCACAAAUGUGAAUUCUCUUCCUGGUUUCACAAACGAAUUGGUGAUGCAUAUAAUGAAAAUGAUGAAGGAAUAGAUAUAAAUAUGCUUGCUUUGGCACGGGGUCCUGAACGAAGAGUAAUUUGCUAUCCAGGCUACAAUAUCAAUGGGUUUCGUUUCCACACAAGAGACCGAGAUGAAAACAAAAAAACUCAAAAUUGUGGCGUUAUGGUUAAAGGAGAAGGAAAUGAAGGAGAGUUGUCAUAUUAUGGAAUAAUAUUGGAUAUAAUUGAACUUCGUUAUACAGGAGGGAACAAAGUUACAUUAUUUAGAUGUGACUGGUAUGAUACUUCUCGGGAAGGUAUUGGUUAUAGAAAAGAUCGUUAUGGGAUUGUUAGUGUCAACACGACACAAAAACUACAUACAAAUGAACCAUUUGUUUUGGCGUCUCAAGUGACUCAGGUUUACUAUAUUAAAGGAUUGAAAGAUCCUACAUGGGCUACUGUCAGCGAGAUAAAACCAAGAAAUCUUUAUGAAAUUCCAGAAAAUGAAGAAGAGCCAUAUCAAGAAGAAUAUGUUGUUUAUGAUGUAUGUGAAUCACAUUCAAAAGAUGAUUUUGAAGAUAUAGAUUGGAAUAAGCAUGGAGUUGAAGAUAUGAUAGUGGAGUAGUUGAAGCUUUUCACAUAUUUAUUAUAUACCUUUUAACAUUCUUCAUUUUGGAUUAUAUUGAAGAUGGCAAGGAAAGGAAAAGCACGAGUUAGAAAUGAUUCAAAUUCAGAAACACAAAAUAAUCAAACCCCAAACCAAG